AAAAGAAAAAGAAAACAAUACACAACACGAAUGAAAUGAAAUGAAAUGAUUGAGAACAGAGCCAAUAAAAAGAAACCAAUAACAUCGAAACGCAUCGUUUCGCUCUCCGCGUUUCGCAUCGGAACCUCUCCUUCCCCGACGAUUCUCCGGUCACCGUCGCCGACUCUUCUCUGGUCGGCUUAACAACUAUCACCGAUCCUUUCCGUUAGAUUUAGCGCGAACACCUUCGAUCUGUUCGAAUCUCGGACAAGUUUCUGGAUCUGAAGAGUUUUUCGAGCGAAAACGAUGCCGUCUCACGCGGAUCUGGACCGGCAGAUCGAGCAUCUGAUGGAGUGCAAGCCUUUGCCGGAGGCGGAGGUGAAGUCGCUUUGCGAUCAAGCGAGGACGAUUCUGGUUGAAGAGUGGAACGUUCAGCCGGUGAAGUGUCCGGUCACGGUGUGUGGCGAUAUUCACGGACAGUUUUACGAUCUCAUCGAGCUCUUUCGAAUAGGUGGAAAUGCGCCUGAUACUAAUUAUCUCUUUAUGGGAGAUUAUGUAGAUCGUGGGUACUAUUCAGUGGAGACUGUUUCACUUUUGGUGGCACUGAAAGUACGUUAUAGAGAUAGAAUUACAAUUCUCAGGGGAAAUCAUGAGAGCCGUCAAAUUACUCAAGUGUAUGGCUUCUACGAUGAAUGCUUGAGAAAAUAUGGAAAUGCCAAUGUCUGGAAAUUCUUUACCGACUUGUUUGAUUAUUUACCUCUGACUGCCCUCAUCGAGAGUCAGAUUUUCUGUUUGCACGGAGGUCUCUCACCAUCUUUGGAUACACUGGACAACAUCCGUGCCUUGGAUCGCAUACAGGAGGUUCCGCAUGAAGGGCCAAUGUGUGAUCUCUUGUGGUCUGAUCCCGAUGAUCGUUGUGGUUGGGGAAUAUCUCCACGUGGUGCUGGAUAUACAUUUGGACAGGAUAUAGCUGCUCAGUUCAAUCAUACAAAUGGUCUCUCGCUGAUUUCUAGAGCUCACCAGCUUGUGAUGGAAGGAUACAAUUGGUGCCAGGAGAAGAAUGUGGUGACUGUUUUUAGUGCUCCAAAUUAUUGCUAUCGAUGUGGGAAUAUGGCUGCGAUUCUGGAAAUUGGGGAGAAUAUGGAUCAGAAUUUUCUGCAGUUUGAUCCAGCUCCAAGGCAAAUUGAGCCUGACACUACACGAAAGACACCUGAUUAUUUUUUGUAAACUUCAUAUAUCUCUGUUUGUAGUUACUUCUUUCUGCUGUUACUACUGUAGAUUUGUCUUUAAGAAAAAGAGGAGUUUCACUGUUUAAGUGGAGGGUUGGUUAUCAUCAACAACAUAAUUCUUUUUUUUUGGAGUUUGUCUUCUGCUGCUGCUGCUGUCUUAUUUGGACAAGAAACCAAUAGAAUUGACACAAUUGGUAUUGUAUAUUUUUGAUAGGAGGAAGCAGCAAUAACAUGGUAUAUCUUGUGCUGUAAUUUUUUUUAAUUAAAUCUCAAGUUAGAGAGCAGAUUUUUGAGUUCUGACCA